AAUAGUGAUGCGAAUAUAAAAUCCCGGAGACAACAACUCUUACUCGGUAUGGACAAGGCUUAUCUUCAGAUUAUCAACCGAUAGGGCUGCGUCAACCGAAGUUCAAAUAAGUUGAAGCUCUCACAUCGUAAUAUGAAGAAUUACACGACGCAAGAAACUCCUGUUAUAGAUGAGAGGUCUAGACGCCUUAAGAGCAUCAGUAGUAGGCCUGAUAAUCUUGAAGAGAAGUUUCUAGAACAGCCUUCUCACCAGAAAAGGUAUGCUGAUAGUGUUUCUCUACCAAAGCUCAAAAAUCCCCCACAGGAUAAAAGUAAGAAUGAAGAAUUCAAAACGAAACUGGUACUUGACUCAGAAGAUCUUGAAGAGAAGCUACUACCUAGGAAGCCUAAGAAGAAGACCAAGAAGAGAAAGCGUAUUGGGUCUAAAGAUAAACCAAAGUAUCUACAGCCUAUCAAUAGGGAUGUCCACCAUGCUCCCAUGGCGACACCUCCAGAGACGAAGUUCUACUCUCAGCAGAAGAAACCCAGAGAGAAGAAGAAAACUCAAGAGCAGAUUGAGCGUGAUGAAUUUGUAGAAGCUUUUCUUGAGAAAAAUUCCCAUGUUAUGCAUGUAAAGUCUCAACAAUAUGGCCUCAAGCCUAAGAAAGAGAAAUUUAAACAGUUCAAUUUGAAGACCGAUGGAAGAGCCAAUGAGCAAGAUAAGGCUGGGAAAUUGAGCAAGAAUCAGACAAAAUCAGUCCCAAUUGGCAUUAAGACUAGAUUUGGCCAAGAAGAGAAGAAGGAUAAAGCGACUGAGAAAUCAUCAAAACGUAAAGCCAAAGGCCUCGAGAUGGCAAAAGCAGUUACAGAACCUCCUAAGCCAGAACCGUUCUUGGACUUUGAGAAAUAUCUUGACAUCGAGGAUAACUUCAUGAUCGAGUCUGAACUUACCAAAGAUCAAGUCACAGAAUGGAGAGCGCUCAAAGAUCAAGAUGAUAGUGAAGAUUUUUGUGGGAAUGAGGAUAAAUUAGAAAAGAAAUUCCGGUAUUGUUAUAAAGACUUAAAUAAAAAGAAGUCCACCAAGCUUAUACAGGAGCCUAGCUUGAUUUCUAUCGAAGCUAUUGUCCAGAACCACCCAGCUCUUAGAUUCCUAAACCAUGAUUUGCUCGUGAAUAUCCUUAAAGAAAGAGAUAUUGAGUGAUUCAAGAUGAAGAAGCAGAUUAUUACCAGUAAAUCCAAAGCUGAUCGCAUCUAUUUUGUCCUGUUUGGCCUCAUAAGGCUAAAAGAGGUAUCUAAAGAGGAAUAUUACGGAAUAUGCAAAGUAGGAUGGCCCAUAGGGGAAGAAUUGCUUCUCAACUCUGGCUCUGAAUACACAGAUACAGCUCAAGCAGGCAAUGAAGUAGGAAUUAUCUAUAUUACUCUCUCUGAGUUUGAUGAAAUCCAAAAAGGAACUGAUAAAUCUGAGUACUCAAGAUUCUUAAGGAGACUUCAAAAGUUCAGUUUCCUGAAGAAGCUUAUGCGAAGAGUUAACCUUAAAAAAGAGGAGUAA